CUUAUAAACAAGAAAAUAACAGCAAUUAUUAUCCGAUCAGUAUUCUACCGGAAAAAUGGAAGUAACUAUCGGCGAAACUAACACAAUCUAUCCUUCUAAGUCGCCUUUCACUGAAAACCAUGUCCUUCCACUCUCCCAUAUUGACACUGAUCGGAACCUCAAUUUCACUUUCCGAUACCUCCGUGUCUACGUCAACGACGACACGACACAACAAAAACCAGACCCAUAUGAAGUUCUCACCUCCUCCCUCUCCGCCGCUCUCGUCCACUACUACCAAUUCGCCGGCUCUCUCCGCCGUCGUCCGUCGGACAACCGUCUAGAGCUUCACUGUCAAGUGGGGAAUGGCGUUCCCGUAAUUCUGUCCACGGUGGAUUGUACCUUGGCUUCUAUUAACUACCUGGAUGAUCCAGAUUAUAACUUCGCUGAGAAGCUGGUACCCGACCCGAGAGAUGAGGAGGCGUUGACCCGACCCUUGAUUUUGCAACUGAACCGUUUUAAGUGUGGUGGGUGGGUUUUCGGAACGGCGGUUCAUCACGCGAUGUGUGAUGGAAUGGGAUCGACGCUGUUUUUUCAUGCUAUGGCGGAGAUUGCUCGUGGGGAGAAGGGGAUGAAGAUUGAACCGGUGUGGGACCGGUCGAAUUUGCUUGGACCGAGGAAUCCACCGCGAGUUGAAUUUCCGGUUCAUGAGUUUCUCAGUUUGGAUAGGGAUUCGUCUCCAUACUUGGAAUCAGAUAAACCGGCGGUUCGAGAGUGCUUUGAGGUGAAGGAUGAGUGGUUGGAUAGGCUAAAGGGGUUUCUUCAUGAGCAAUCCGGUUCAAAUUAUACAACUUUUGAAGCUUUGGGAGCUUUCAUAUGGCGAGCAAAGGAAAAGGCUUCUAAAAUCUCAGAUGAUGAGACAGUGAAGUAUGCCUAUCUAACCAAUAUCAGAAGAAGAGUGAAGCCACCAUUGCCAGCAGGUUACUGGGGCAAUGGGUGCGUGCCAAUAUACGUUCAGCUCCUCGCAAAGGACCUCAUCAAUGAACCUAUCUGGAAAGCAGCAGACGCGAUAAAGAAGAGCAAGGACAUCAUCACAGAUGAGUAUGUUCGUUCGUUCAUUGAUUUCCAGGAGCUGCAUUAUGAUGAAGGGAUCACAUCAGGGAAUAGAGUGAGUGCAUUUACAGAUUGGCGGCAUGUAGGCCACGAGACGGUUGAUUUUGGAUGGGGUGGCCCUGUGACUGUCUUUCCUCUGUCUAGACACUUGGUUGGGAGUGUUGAAUCUUGUUUUUUCUUGCCUUAUUCUUCCGCCACUCAAGGUAAGAAAGAUGGUUUCAAAGUUUUGGUCUGUCUGCAACAAGAAGCCAUGCCUGUUUUCAUGGAAGAGAUGGAAAAGUUGGAGCAUGGACUUGCUUGAUUUUACUAUAUAUGCAGCUCCUCUUAUGUACU